AUCGCGAGCAGCAGCUGUCAAAAUAUUUUCGAUCCAGCGUCGCGCGAGCGUUUCGAAAAAAUCGAUUUUUCGCUGUUUUCUCUCGUUGUGCCAGGAAAAACGGACCUCGAAUCGACUGCGGUGGAGUUCAACAACUGCAAAGCAAAACACCAUGAAUCCUUGAGGGGAAAAUUGCUGUUAGCGAAAAAUCUUUGGAGUUUCCGGGUACCCAUUUUUAACUCGCGCUAAUCACUGUAUUCGGUGUUCGGGAAAUAUGAGCAGCGAUGAGGAAAUCUUCGUCGGCGAGCUUAAAGUAGUUUACGAUUUGGUAACGCGAGCGAAAUUCCGGAAAGCCUUCGAGGCGCUGCACAAGGUACUGGCACAAAAGUCCCCAGGGUUGGAAUCGUCGACGGUGGCUUCCGGCGCUGGUCCCGGAGCCUUCGGAAUAACCGUGGCCGCUGCAAUCGUUGCGGACCAGGAGAAAGAUUCCCUGGAAGAGCUGUUGCUGUUUGUGGUCAGCAAGUACGCAGACCAGUUGGAGCAGGAGGAAAAAUUCCAACAGGUAUUCGAGGUCAUCGAGCAGGGCUUGGAAUUGUACCCGGAACAUCCGGAACUGUUGAACGAGACUGGCGUCCGGCUACAGCGCUAUGGACGCUCGCUGGAGGCUUCGAUCUGCUUCGAGAGGGUGCUGCUGCAGGAGCCCAAAUAUCUGAAGGCCUACCAGAAUCUGCAGAACACCAAGUGCGAGCUGGUCGAACGUUGGCACUUCCGGAUGCUGAACGAUGAGGUGCGUAAUGCUGCCUUUCGAGCGGCCAUCCAGAACCAGAUUAAGGCCGGCCACGGGGAGGUCCUGGACAUUGGAACCGGGACCGGGCUGCUUUCGCUGUAUGCGCUGAACUGUGAUGGAAUCCGGAAGGUGGCGGCCUGCGAUGGGUCCGAGAUUAUGGUUCAGAUAGCGCGGGACGUUUUCGGGGCCAACGGGUUGAGCGAUCGGAUUUGUCUGUUCCAGAGCUUAUCGCAGGAUUUGAAAAUCGGGGACAAGUUUUCGCUGAUUGUGACUGAAACGCUGGACUCGGGAGCAUUUGGGGAAGGGAUUUUGGAGACUUUGAUCCAUGCCAAGCGAAAUUUGUUGUUGCCGGAGGGACGGAUCGUGCCCAGUAGUGUGGCACUGCACGUCACCGGCUACAGAUCCCGGGCACUAACCGCAAGCAAUAUUCUCAUCAACGAAUCUUUUAGCAGCGAUUUUAACCUACCGAGUAAUUGUUUGAUCUCACGAGAAGGAAUUAAGUGUUACGAUGCGGAAGAUGUCAGUAGGAUUAAGGCGAAUGAUGAUUUUGAUUUCGUAACGGAUACGGUGAUGUCCAUGACUGUCGAUUUUAAUGAUCUUGAGUGUUUGGAACGAUGGCAAGACGGGCUUGAGGAAGCUCAGAUCGAACUGAAUUGUGUGGAGGAUGGAAUUUUGGAUGGGUUCGUGGUUUGGUUUGAUUUGGAACUAGACGAUGAGAAUCGGAUCAGCACGGAUCCGAAUGCCAACACUUGUUGGAACCAAGCAAUAUUCAAACUUAAUCAACGACUUCCGGUGACCAAAGAUCAACGCAUUCCACUGAGUGUGUCCUGUAAGGAUGGGGCACUCGCCAUUUCUCAUAAUCUCAAUUCCAUGGAUAAUCAAAUUUGUAUCGAUGAACAUGUGUUGGAAUUUUUGAACGAUUCCGAGUAUUAUAAUAAGCUAAAUACCGAUAUUGAAGAUUUGGAAGACCUUGAAAAGGUCUUGGAUUUAUCACUGUUCCCGUAUACCGGUUUAAAACUCCUCAAAGAGGGCAAGACUUCCGUACUGUUUUGCAUGGAUCGCGCUGAAGAUCUCAUCGAAUUUGUUGCUAAUCAAAAUGACAUUCCAAUGUCUGCCAUCAUGCUACUCAGCUCUAUACCGGAGGCAUUUCUCCUCAAUGAUUACACUCUUGAUAUGAUCAUCAUUCAACCGGUCGAUGUAUUCGGUCAGAUAAACAGUGAACAUUUUUGCCUGUAUCAGUCUCUCUUUCCCAAACUCAAACCCACCGGAUCAAUAGUCCCAUCUCAGGUUCAGCUUCACGGCAGCAUCAUCCACUCCGAUUGGCUCGUUAAAUGCUGCCGGGUAGAAAAUCCUGAACUCCACCAAUUUCAUAUCGACCGAUACCUAUCGACGCUGGAGACGGAAAACCAUCUAGAUUUAGGACCAUUCAGUUACGAAAACCUUUCGACUCCGGUCCAAUUGGCUGAAGUUCACUUUGACGGGAAGCUGCAUGAGAUUGACAAGGAAUUGCCGCUCAUCAACCCAAUGGAACCAAAACAUAUCCACGCCAUACUGUAUUAUUAUCAAAUAGAAUUUGUGCCGCAGAAGGAAUUUCUCAGCACCCAACGGACCCAGAGCUUCGCCAAGCGGUCCGCAUUCAUUAUUCCGAAAGAUACAUUCCAGCAACAACCGACCGGAGCCGAUGAGGAAGAACCGGCCAAAGUCGACAAAGUCAAUAUAAAUAUAGUGCAGAACCAUGGCGUCAUCAAGUGCAAUGUGCUUGACGAUCAGUAGGGAACUUGAUAAAAAAUAAAACGUGAAAAUUGUAACAGAAAAUUCCAAUAUUCCAUUCUAUUUACAACAAAACAAGCAACCAAUAGCUUCACCAGUAAAUAUUAUACAAAACAGAGUAAGAAUAAAAUGAUAACAAGUAUUGAUAUUAGCGAACACACCGAACACAUACAUACAAAUACACUCGCACCUACAAAACCAUAGUGAUGGAAUUGGUAAAUGACAAAACCAACGUGGAAGCGACAUUGCUCUACUGUGUACUGUAGCCAAAACUGGUAAACAGUAAACUUUACUGAAAAAUUCAAACUUGAACAACACACCUAGUUCACUAUAAUCUUUCUUGAUUCUAGUUUUUGUUUUUGAAACAAGGCUGAAAAAAUAUGCCCAUCUUUAUCUGUUCUAAAUCUUCUCAACUAUCUUUAUUCCUUCCACUGGUUUCUUCCAUCACAAAUAUGUAGUCUAUGAAUAAAAGCCAUAAUGGCAGCUGACGCAUUCCUGUUUUAAGUUAAAUAAUAUCUGUUGAUCAAUUAUUUAUGAAAACGCUAUUUUCCCUACCAUAACGAUAAAUAUUGUACACCAGAAUAACAGUAAAACCGAGAAAAUUAUUGAUAUUAAGCAUACACACAUACGUAAACAAACAUAAACACACACACACGUACACUCGCACUCAACAAAACUAUUGAUGGAAAUGGCAUUUGAAGAGACACACACACGUUAGUGUAGAAACAAGAAGAAGAAAAAAAAACAAAAUGUGAACGAAACAUAAAAUGUGGUAACGAAAAGAAGA